UUUUUUGGAAAAAUAUCUUAUAUUUACAGUAAAGUUUAAUAUAGUAGAAAACUUAUGAGAAGUUCAGUAAUGAUUCAAUAAGAAAUAAUCAUCACUCACUAGAAAUUUAUCACGAAGGACAUGGAAAUAGCAGGCCCUGUUCACUCUCCAUAUUCUUACAGGUAUCUUCAAUAGAAAAAUCCUUAAAAUAAAUGCCACGAAAUAAUAUAGUUGAGUGUGAACAGAGCCAUGUGAUGACAAGUAGAAUAAUAAAAGUAAAACAAUAAAAGAAACAAAAUUAUGCAACCAAAGAAAAGUGUGUGUAACCAGAAAAUAAUGUAUAAAGUCAACAAAAUAUACAGUCAGAAGUUAUCUGUAACAACAUUAAUCUAUUAUUUUGGCCAAGUUAUCCACAAAUACAGAAUCAAACAGUUUGGUUAUCAUAUUUGGCAUAAUAUUGAAACAGUAUAUUAUUGUAACAUUUAACAGAUAUAGCUUCAAACACUAUCACAUCUAUUAUUAUUAUUGCUGUUUAUUAUGAUUCCUAUUUAUUAUGAAGAUCAAGACCUCUACAAGUUCAGAGACAACUAUGAAGAUCGGAUGGCUUACAUAAUUUUACAGUCUUCAACAUAUUGCCAUAAAAAGACCAUUGUUUAAGGCAAGAUCUAUCUAGUUUUACAAUGAUAGUUACUAUUUGUAACAUUAGGCCUCAUAAAACAUAAAAAUAAAAUUAAAUAAAAACAACAAAAUGUUGCAAUGUCAACAUUAUUUGUGCAAACAAAAAAAAGGUGCAUAUAAAAACAAAUAUAUUAUUAUCAAUAAAUUAAUCUGAACAAUACCUUGUUUAAGUACUGAGACAACUGACUGCAAUCAUUGCUAGCCAGCCAGUAUAUCAAACCAACACCAUUACUUAUAAAUGUAUCUUUCAAUACACAACACACAUACAGAAAAUCUGUGAACACAUCAUAAAUUGCUAUGCGGUCACAAGCAGUCGGAGGAAAGUAUUACCAAGUCUAAAAUUCACACAUUAAUAAUUAAUUUAUGCACUGCCAACACAAUUACUCACUUCUGUCAAUUUGAGGCACUCAGCGUCACGGUUUCUGUAGUCAUAUUGUGACAGUGAGGAUACACUGUCCACAGGGCUUUCACACUGGCCAUCAGUGUGAGGCAGCCCUGUGUUUUGUGCAGAUUGGUUGUUGCUAUCCAUGGUACGCUAUAAGAUCACUACUCUGUAAACAAGGAAAGAUGACAUGUAAAAUUAUUCCAUUUAAUUAUUAUUUUACAUAAUCAGUUUAAUGGAAACACCUAUGUUGAUAACAUUAUCACAUAAUACAAGUGAUAGCAGAUUGUUACUAAUGAUAAUUACCCUUCCGAUUAACUGUGGUGAUUCUAGUUUGGAAUCCAGAUUGUAGAAGUUGCCCUGUAUCUGUCUUAUUGUGAUCCAGUGCCGACGUCUCAGUGUUUCAAAGUUUGACAGACUUUUCUAAAUAUUAAAAGUAAAGCUUUUAUUUACAAAAAUUUUAAAUAUUGUUGUUGUAUUUACCACCAAACAAAAAAUGUUUGAGACUAACGAAAUAGAGGGUUUGUUUCCUGAAGAUGAAUAUGAAAAUCAUUUGACUAUUACCAACAAGUCUGCUUUACAACAACUUCAACUCUCUUUUCCAAGUGGCUCUAAUAUGACAACAAAUGUACUGCUAAAUGAUGUUUGGCACACCAAUCAAGAGUUGAUGACUGCUGAUGCCAUCAAUCAUAUUCUUAACUCCGCCAACAAUAUUUUGCAAAAUGCUGAUACGAGUCAGAUGAAAACAUGGAGAAGUAGUUUAAGCAAUUAUGAUGUGCAGUCUCUUGUCCAACGGACAAUAGAAAAUUGCGAACAAUGCAACUCCAGCACAAAAGAAGACAUAAGCCAGUUUUUAAAAAACAAAUGUAUGUGUAACCUAGGUAUAACGGAAACAGAUAAAUCUUCAAAACAAGCACAAACCACAGAUAUGAAAAGUAAUUCUUAUUUUGUCAAGAACCUAAAUGUAGACAGUUCUAGUCAAGAGUCAAGGUCUGGAGAUGAUCAGAAACAGGUUUUCAAGCCAAGGUUUGGUAGACCAAAACCUAAUAAAGCUGUUGGACAUCCACAGCCAACAAUUUCCAGUACACCCAUAGCGGAGGAAGUGAACUUUGAAAAAGAAGAAGAAGAGAAUAAAGCACAUAAGAGUAAUGUGGCUAAGAUCAUGUUCAAGACUGCCAAAGAAACACUGUUAGCCUCAAAUCCAGCUGCCAAGAGGACACUGGGAACUUCCAGGAAAGCUCAGGCUAAGUUUGUGUCACCUAUGAUAGGAGCUCAGGAUAAGCAGGAGACUGUAGAGCCUGAGGUGACAGAUGAACGUCUCAAACACAUUGAUCCUAAAAUGAUUGAGUUAAUUGAAAGCGAAAUUAUUGAUAAAGGCACUCCAAUAGGUUGGGAUGACAUAGCUGGUUUGCACCUAGCUAAGUCAGUUAUACAAGAGGCAGUUGUGUGGCCUCUGCUCCGUCCUGACAUAUUCACUGGUUUAAGACGGCCACCUAAGGGGAUCCUCUUAUUUGGGCCACCUGGUACUGGGAAAACUUUAAUAGGUAAAUGUGUAGCUGCUCAGUGUAAUGCGACAUUCUUCAGUAUCUCGGCGUCCUCGCUCACUUCCAAGUGGAUCGGGGAUGGAGAGAAAAUGGUACGCGCGUUAUUUGCUGUCGCUAGGUGUCACCAGCCUGCUGUAAUAUUCAUAGACGAGAUCGACUCUCUUUUGACCCAGCGCAGCGAUACGGAGCAUGAAGCCACCAGGAGAAUUAAGACCGAGUUCCUAGUGCAGUUUGAUGGAGCUGCUACUGGUGAAGAAGACCGCCUAUUGAUAGUGGGCGCCACCAAUCGUCCGCAGGAGUUGGACGAGGCGGCGCGCAGGCGACUUGUGAAACGACUAUACAUACCGCUACCUGAUGCAGAUGCUCGCAAGCAGAUAAUAACGAACCUGUUAACGAACGAAACCAAUGACCUGACAGCACAGCACAUAUCGGAAAUUGCCAAUUUGACAGAGGGGUACUCCGGCGCCGAUAUGAAGUCACUUUGCUCGGAAGCCGCUAUGGGGCCCAUUCGCUCAGUACCACUGUCGCAAAUCGUCAGCAUUGAUAGAAAUAAGGUGCGACCCGUUUGUAUCCAAGACUUUAUAAAUGCUCUACAAAGAGUAAAGCCUAGCGUGUCUCAAGAUGACCUAGGACAAUAUGUUAAAUGGAAUACAACUUAUGGUCAAGGCUUUUAA